AUGUUCCGAAACAUAGUACAAAAACAAUUUUCUCGAUUUUUUUUUAAACGAAAUAUCUGUGUAACUCAAAAUAAUGAAAUUCUAUUUGAUUAUAUUAAUCAAGCUGGAAUUGUACAAUUAAAUAAACCAAAAACAUUAAAUGCUUUGACACAUUCGAUGAUCAAACAGCUUUAUUCGAAAAUGAAAGAAUGGGAAUCAGAUGAAAAAACACAAUUUAUUAUUAUUAAAAGUACUGGGCCAAAGGCAUUUUCUGCUGGUGGUGAUUUAAAAAUUCUUACUAGCACAUCAUUAAAUGGUGAAAAUAUUCGCAAUACGUAUUUAAAAGAUGAAUAUCAACUUCUUUAUCUUAUUGGCACGUAUAAAUUACCAUACGUUGCAUUGAUCAAUGGCAUUACUAUGGGUGGAGGUUGUGGUUUAUCCAUACAUGGAUCAUUUCGAAUAGCUACAGAAAUUACAACAGUUGCAAUGCCUGAAACAGCUAUUGGCUUGUUUCCAAAUGCCGGUGGUUCCUAUUUUCUUUCACGUCUAUCGAAUAAUCUUGGCGUUUUUCUUGGUUUAACAGGCCAUCGCUUACACGGUAUGGAUGUUCUUCAUGCUGGUAUUGCAACACAUUUUCUUCCAACAAAUCGACUACAAGAAAUAGAACAAAAACUCUUGAAAUUACCGAAAGCGGAUUACAAUUCUAUAAAAAACGUCUUGGACGAAAAUACUGAACUGGUCACAUCGAAAUCAUCAUUCAGUCUUCAGGAACAAUUGCCAUUGAUUAAUCGUAUUUUUGCAAUAGAUACAAAAAAUGUAGAAACUAUUUUUGAACAAUUAAAAUCAGAUGGAUCAUCAUUUGCUUUGAAACAAAUUGAGAUUCUUAAGAAUAAGAGUCCAACAUCACUGAAGAUCACGUUAGAACAAUUGAAACGAGGAAAACAAUUCGAUUUGAACGAAUGUUUAAAAAUGGAAUAUCGAAUUUUACAUUAUGUUAUACAUGGUCAUGAUUUUUUCGAAGGUGUCCGAGCAGUUCUUAUUGAUAAAGAUAACAAACCUCAAUGGAAACCUAAUUCAUUAGAAAACAUUUCUAAUCAAGAUAUUGAAUCUUAUUUUGAAAAGUUAUCACCCAAUAACGAAUUACAAUUGUCGUAA